AGCAGAUGAGUGUUUCUCAAUAAGAACAGGGCCCCAUCCCACCUGUACCGGAGUCUAGAAAAAUGUUUGUCUUCCUAUGUACCAGUGUUGAAAAGUUCAAGACAAGUAAAUAGUCAGGACGUCGCGCGACACGGCAGCAUUCCCCCCAAGCAUCCCUCCGCGUUUUGCCAGGACGCUACCGCCGGCUGGCUCUGCCUCGAUUGCAAAAAAAUCUUCACAACAAGUUCGUCUGCUUUACCUCUAGGACAUUCUGCGGUGAUUCGCUGAAGUAUCUUCGUUUGCAGUUGUUAGAAGUAACUUGGUUGUUUCUAGAAUCCAAGAGGAGAAGCCUUGAAGUCAUUCUGGGAUUGGGUUGUCUUGGCGGAACCUCCAGAUGACACAGGUCUUGGCAGAACUGGAGACAUUGAGGCUCAAAGCUAGCCGUAAAGACACUUACUCACUGCCGACAUUUCCGAGUAUUUUCAAUGCAGGAUCUCGCUUUCGGGAGGUAAAUCCGUGAUUUGGAGUGUACAACUGUGUGUCUCUUAUUGGCAAAGGGCAAGUUAACUCUCGAAAGAGCAGCGGCACCCAUAUAGCACGUGGCUUGUCAGGCGGGUCGUACCUUCGCUCUCGGGCUUUUCAUUUGUCGAGUGGGGGAUCCUCUUUUUAAAUUAUUGAGCGCCUUGAUUCGGAUCUUUGAAUCCUCCGUCGCAGGAGGCCGUUGCGGGAAUCACCGCGUGUCCUCCCGUGGCCGGGAAGUCCUUCCUCUUCCACGCCCUUUCGGAUGCCCAACAUGGAUGCCACUUACACUUCGCGCAACUUCGGCAACUUUGGCCAUGGAAUCUCCAUGCCGUUCAACCAACAGCAAAUCCGGUAUUGCUCUUCUUCUGUGAAAGAUCCUAGCGUUACCAAUGAUAGCCACCCCUCCGCUGCCCUUCUUGAAGCUGGGGAAGUUUGUUCAGGGAGAACCGAAGUGUCUACCCGGAUCCGCAAGACCGCUUACUCACAAAAUGGUCCCCGAGUAACAGAAUAUGAGGAACAGAAUUACCGCGCUGAGAUGAAGGCAAGAUGCCGUUCUCUAUCCGCGGAUCCCGCGGCUGUCUUUGAGCAAAUCAGGCAGGCUACACGCGUGUGGGUAACGAUAGCGGCAUGUCUCCUCCUCCUGUUCGUGGCGGGGUCGACUGCGUGGCAUUGGAACUGGAGCUCCUCCCCAGUCCCCGCCUCAGAGGCACCGAUUUCAGGGAGAUCCUCCAGCUAUGGUGGCGAGGCUUAUCCCGAUGCACGAAACAUCGGACCUCGUACAGCACCCCGUAAUUCCGGGCGCGGUACCGUCACCCACUCGGCCCUUCACGCAGCUCUGGAAAAGCGUAUUCACCUUCGUCAGGAAGAGCCUCACUAUGUGCAUCAUGAGAAAGAAGAGUUCGAAGAAGACAUCAUGAAACAGCAUCCUGAUGAUCACUCAUUUGUUGAUAUUUGGGAUGGCGAUGAGCAUGAUGACCUACAUUUAUCUCGAGGUGUACCAGGGCUUCAAACGCCGCUGUAUCGUCUCCCAUUCGUUGAAGGCCAACACAACGAGACGCACGCUGUUGGAGUCCACACGAGUGCUCUCGACGUCCCAAAACGUCUCUUGGUCGAUGGUGGCCAACAUCUGCAAAAGGUGAUUGGAGGCGACUACGAUAUGCUGGUUACUCGAGAUGGCCGUCCAAAGCCUCUUCUUGUCCACGGCAGGCUUGUGUGGAAGAAGUGGGCCGAGACGACGGUUGCGGGCAGGCCUCCCGAGGCGAUGUUCCUGUUCUACGACCACACGCACCACACAUGGGUGUUUAAUCGCGAUCUGAACUUCAAAAGGCCUGUACCGGUUGCAUUUCUUCCGCACGGCGCGCUACUGCCUGUGAUACGGCAGAAAUCGCAUGGGUCAAGCGUCGCAACCACCGACACUACAGACACAGCGACUAUGUCGACAAGAACACGGCUUUUGGAAUAUCUGAAACAUGGCGUGCCGAAGGGAGUUCACUGGGUAGUCCGUGGAAUUCCAGGAGAUACGGGAAGCGGUGGGACAUGGAGUGGAGGGCCGACCGUGGAUGCUACCAUUCGCGUGAGGGGGCAUCCAGAACAUACUGCGCCGGAAGAUUUUUUCGGGCUCUCGCUACAAAAAGUCUUUCACGUUCCGGAGGAAGGAUCGAACGACGUGGACGAGGAGGAUAAUGUUGAAGACGAUGAGUACCUCGAAGAGGAGGAUAGUCAUGAUCACGGAAUUCAUGGAGAAUACGAGGACGAAGAAGAAGAAGAACUGGAGAAGAUGUUUGUGCCAGAAGGUAUUCGCACCCGGCAGCAGUACUUGACUCACCCUCAAACGCACGUCUAUCACACCUUCGACGAGAUGCAUUCCAAUUUCGACCAUGAACAAAUUGUAGAAGAUCCCGUCGCAUAUUUGGAAGCUUCUGGUCACCCUGACGUUGACACAAUCGAACGCGAAAUUGGCGACGACACAACGGCCGUACCCCAUCCUCUUCGAUGACGGUGGAAGCUGAACCGUGUAUCCGGAUGCCCUUCGGAUGUAGUGAUCAGCAAGAGUUUGCUGAGUUUUCACUUGCAAGGUGUCUACUUGUCUGCAUGAUGCAUUGUGUGCAGCCGGAGGUUCAAGCGAUGGUGUAUUGAUUUUUACCCUGCGUCCCUUUCCUCCCGUUUCUCCAUGCUUCGGUGUUUGGUUGAUGUACAGAGGAAGUCAUGCGUGUUGGGAUGUCUAGCUCGUAGCCUCUCUCUUCAACGAAUGCACGAUUCGCUAUUAAAAUUCUGUUGUCUAGAGGUACGAGGAUGAUAUCCGUAAGUUUCGCAAACUUGGCAGCUACCGGUUCUGCAUACGCGAGCCACUACCGUCUUUGCAUCCCUGUUCGGUAACCGGUUUUAUUUGCACACCGAUCGCAGUAACAAAUGAACUUGCUCCGAGCUGUUUCGCUCGCUUCCCGAAGGAAUUGAUCGUCUGUCCAUUUGCAUCGUACAGCAUAACCCCCCCCCACCCACCCACAGCGCUUGGAUGUCUAGUUUAGUUUUAUAUCUACUUACUAUAGCCACUGCCUUCCUCGGAUAUGUACUACCAUGGGGACAAAUGUGUUUCUGGGGUGUUACAGUCAUUACAAAUCUCCUUUCUCCAAUACCAUAUGUGGUACCUUGGCUACUUGGAGGAUACUUCGUACCUGAUGUAACAUUAAGACGAUUCUUUGUAUUACAUAUUAUCUUGCAUUUUACUACCGGAUUGGUUCUAUGCUUAUACUAAACCAACAUUGUUAAUGACUACAGCUUCC